AUGGCUUCCGUGUAUCUACGUUUACGUUCGUUUUACAAUGAAAUGCUGGAGAAUGGAGAUAAAAGGACAGAGGUGUGGCCCUUGGUGUGCUCUCCUGUCCCGGUGACUCUCAUCCUCUUGGUGUAUCUCUGUGUGGUGCAGCUGGGUCCACGCCUCAUGAGACACUGCACUCCCUUUGACCUCAGGCCUCUUCUCAUUGUGUACAACUUCAGCAUGGUGGGCCUGUGUGCUUACAUGUGCUAUGAGUUUUUGGUCACAUCGUGGCUGUCAGAUUACAGUCUGAUCUGUCAGCCUGUUGAUUACAGCAGAAAUCCACUCGCAAUGAGGAUGGCCGGUGUGUGCUGGUGGUACUUUGUCUCCAAAAUCAUUGAGCUCAGUGACACGGUCUUCAUCAUACUCAGGAAGAAAAACAGUCACCUCACAUUCCUUCAUGUGUACCAUCACUCCUCCAUGAUCUACUGGUGGGCUCUGAUCAAGUAUCUGCCGGGAGGACAAACGUUCUUCAAUGCUCUACUCAACACACUGGUGCACACAGUGAUGUACUUGUACUACGGCCUGGCGGCGAUUGGCCCACAUAUGCAGAAGCAUCUAUGGUGGAAAAGAUACUUGACCAACUUACAACUGGCCCAGUUUGUGAUGUACCUUGUGCAUACAACGUGCAACCUGACUGCAGAGUGUGACUAUCCAAACAGUGUUAACAUUGCAGGGAUGGUGUACGUCAUCACUCUUGUUAUCCUCUUCAGUAACUUCUAUUACCAGAACUACCUGAGCAAGAAGAUGUCCAAACAUUCGGUGUAA